GGCAGCUCGUGGCAUACUGUAUGAAUUUCUGUGUGAACUGUGUGGUUUAUAGCGGUGUUGAUCUUAGUUUUCUCCCCGUACUGUCGGUCAAGGGACUCUGUGGAGGCAGCUGUUGGAACGAGGUUCCUGAUUAGCUGGAAGUCAGCAUGGAAUCCUGUGAAUUUGCCUACUUCUACAAGAAAAGACAUGGAUUUGCAUUUUCUGUCUCAGAAGUCUGUCUGCCAGAGCACCAUUGGAAUGGGUCGUAGAAGAGUUUCCUACGCUUGUUCGGGGUCUACUGAACAAAGCACCGAGACAAGUGUCCUGGUCAUAUACACCGGUGGAACCAUCGGAAUGGUCUUGCAUGAUGGCGUUCUGUCUCCAGAACCUAAUGCUCUUUUCGAAAAUGUGCGCAAACUCCCCUUCAUGCAUGAUGAGCAGUAUGCACAAAACACGAAACUGUAUGAACGUUAUAAGCCGGAGAAGAAAAUACUGGUGUUGCCAAAAUCUAAACUGGACAUGAGGGUUGUGUAUAUCUUUUUAGAGUACUCUCCCCUGCUUGACUCCAGUAAUAUAACCCCGGACGACUGGGUCACUAUUGGAAAAGACAUUGAGAGAAACUAUGAAAAAUAUGAUGGUUUUGUCGUUCUGCAUGGCACAGACACAAUGGCUUACACUGCCUCUGCCUUAUCCUUCAUGUGUGAGAAUCUGGGAAAGCCCGUCAUCGUCACCGGAUCACAGCUGCCCAUCUUUGAGAUGAGGAGUGAUGGGAGGGACAACUUUGUGGGGGCGCUGUUGAUUGCAGGACAGUUUCAUAUCCCUGAGGUUUGCCUCUAUUUUCAUGAUAAGCUGUACCGAGGCAAUCGUGUCACCAAAGUGGACUCUGGAAGCUUUAAGGCAUUUGCGUCUCCAAACCUGCCUCCAUUAGCCGAUUUGGAAAGCGACAUCAAAAUUAACUGGGACACUGUGAGGCCACUCAGCCCAAAUGGUAAAUUCACAGUCUGCAAAGAAAUGAACCACAAUGUGGGCCUCCUGCGAAUCUUUCCAGGGAUCACUACUGAUACAGUCAAGGCCUUCUUGAAGGCUCCUAUGGAUGGUGUCAUCUUGGAGACCUAUGGCUGUGGUAAUGCCCCCAGCAAUCGCAAGGACCUGCUGGAUGAGAUCCAUAAAGCGACCCAGAGAGGAGUCAUCAUAGUAAACUGCUCUCAGUGUCUUAGGGGCACGGUCACAAUAUCAUAUGCAACUGGCCAGGCUCUGAGUCAGGCCGGUGUGAUUGUUGGGUUUGAUAUGACCCAGGAAGCUGCUCUUUCAAAACUCGCACAUGUGCUGGCAAAACGAGACCUCAGUUUAGAAGAAAAGAAGAAGAUGAUGACUAAAAAUCUGCGUGGUGAGAUGACAGCUGAACCGGAGGGGGCAAAGCUUUCCAUCAGCGACAGUCGCUUUAUUCAGAUUAUAGCCAAGACCCUCAGCGUUGGCUGUAAAGAGGAGCUUGAAGGAAUACGAGAUGCACUAAUGCCCACUCUGGCCUGUGCUGCUGCUAAGAAUGGAGACACUGAGGUUUUAGAGGCCAUAAGGAAUAUGGGAACUGACUUGAAUAAACCAGAUUAUGAUGGCCGCACUCCCCUUCACAUCGCCGCAUGUCAGGGGCAUCUGAAUAUAGUGGACUAUCUGCUGGAUAAAGGGGCCAGCGUCUUUGCCAAAGAUCGCUUUGGUGAUACACCCCUUCGCAAUGCCAUUCUCCUCAGAUGUAAGGAUGCUGUGGAGAUGCUGAAUAAGUAUGGAGCUCACCUCUCCCGUGAUGAAUUGCAGGAUACUGGAACGGAGCUGUGCCGUCUUGCUGCAAGUGGCGACUUGGAGGGACUGAAGAUAUGGAAGUUAGCUGGGGUUGAUAUGGCCACGUCUGGGUAUGAUGGGAAGACACCAGUUGAAGUGGCAAGAGCAUUUGGAUGUAAGGAGGUUGUGGACUUCCUAGAGGCUGCUUAGGGCCAAAUUCAGAAUGGGGAGUUUAUCAGAUGAAUUCUUUUCCAACAAGAAUCCUGAGGAGGCUAGCUGUCACUUCCAGCAAUUAUCAUCUGUCCACUUUCUCAUCUCAUUCAAUAGUAGUUAAAAAAUAUUAAUAAUAAUCCAUUGUGCUUUAACAGUAUACUUUUAGAUUUGAAUGCAUUGUUCAUAAGGGAUCAUCAUUUCUGCAUAUGCUAAUUUUCUGAGAAUUGUACAGUACAGGAUAUGGUAACUGCUGAUUUCAAAACUAUCUGAAAAUCUUUUUGGGGAUAAUUAUCAUUUCUGUGAUGGUGUGAUGAUAACAUUUACAUUUAUUAGUUUAGUAAAAGCUUUUAUCCAAA